GUAGAACUGCUUUAGAGCUAAUCUCAAUCAAAUAAACAGUCAUCACAUUGCUCUCGGCGCACAACAGUUACCCGGGUCUGUAAGGUGUGGCGCUAGGACCCAUAGCCGAUUUCUUCACCAGUGCGCUACUAUUGCCAACGAUCGUGCACUUCUUUAAUAACUCCCAUGGUUCAUAGUCUGCACGUGUCUGUCAUCCAAAGUGGAUAUGGCUGCGAACCGGGUCGGGAGGAGAUGUAACAACAAGGUCCAUUCCCCGAGUAGGGGUCCAGGUAGGGACCCGGGGCUUAGCUUGCAGAAGAGGCAAGCACGGGUCACGGUAAAGUACAACAGAAAGGAGCUCCAAAGGCGCUUGGAUGUGGAGAAGUGGAUUGACUGUAGUCUGGACGAGCUCUAUGUGGGCAGGGAGGAGGAGAUGCCGGAGGAGGUGAACAUCGACGAGCUGUUAGACCUGAAGAGUGACGAGGAGAGAACUCAGAGGCUCCAGGAAAUGUUUCACACCUGCAAUAACACAGAGGUUUUCAUCAAGGAGCUGGUGUUGAAACUCCACGGUCUGCAGAAACAGGAGGACCUCCACAACGAUGGCAUCGAACAACCCCAGCUACACAUCUUCCCCAACCGGCAAGAUUCUGCAGACCGAGAGGUGAUCUGAAGGCCCUGUUAUGUUACCCUUCAAACCCAGCACCCCAUUCCCCAGCCCGAUGUCAUGGACCUUACCUGAAAAACAUGCAUAACAUUGAGUCUUGCGGGUCUAUACACUUUGCGCUACACACUGUCAAAUACACAGAUCUGACCACUUAUCAGAAACAUUGCAGACACCUUAUCUUCUGUCCACACACACACACACACACACACUACAAUGCACAGGCAGUCCCUGCAACAUUUGGACCUCUACAAUGUCAUAUGAAUUAUGUUUUAUUUUUGUCAACUUAUAAAGUGUCCGAAUUGUGUGAAACAGGCUGCUUCUCUGUUGGGUCGCUACUGCUACUUAUGUUCUGUGUUUCCUCGAAUUGUUAUGCUGUUCUCUCUUAUUUUCCAGUCCAUUGCAUAAUGCUUUUAUUGCAAAGCCCAUGAAGGUGUCAAAUUGUUGGUCUGUGUUUUAUGUUGUGAGAUGCACCUCUAAUUCUGUUUAGCUCAUAAACCAUAGGCAGAGUCCAGCAACAUACUGUAGGUACCAGUGUCAGUCUGAAGGUAAGAAAGACCACUAGGCUUUCAUAUAUCCCAAUGGGUUAGUCGAUUGUACCUAGCUACAAGCAGGCCUACCAUAUUUUCAAACUGUAUCCAGCAACAUGAGACAAUAGUUCAUGUGGUCAAGUGGAAGAAAAAAUCUCUCUCUCUCUCUCUAUAUAUAUAUAUAUA